AUUUAUUUUGUAUUUUGUUCCGGAUGCAUUAUUUUUUAAUUCAUUCAAAAUUAAAAAAAUUCAAGUGAUUUUGAAAUUUACAAUAUAAAAUGCAAGGUAUUAUAUUGAAUAAGAGCCCGUAUUGGAGGCGUAUGCAAACUGCAAUUCGACACAGUAGUGUGCAAAAUGGGGAAACUUAUUAUGACAUACUUAAAGUUCAAAAAGAUUGUAGUAAUCAAGAAAUACGGAAUGCUUUUGUACAACUUUCAAAAAAGUUUCAUCCCGACGUUAAAGGCAUCACUCCGGAUCCAAAACAAACAGCCCAAUUUGUAAAGAUUUCGGAAGCUUAUCAAAUUCUCAGCAAACCCAAAUCGCGUUCAGCAUAUGAUCAACGUUUAUGGGACGCAGGUUUGCUACGACCUAGUCAAAGAUCUAGAUCAGGAGCUGUUGCAAAUAUGCACUCCGCCGAGUUACAUAAGCCAUGGGAAGUAAAACCUAACUAUGAUCCAAAUCCUGGCCCUUACUAUGGGGUGAAAGGUUUAGAGCGAGUUUCCAAUUUGAAAAUAGCCAUGGCCCUUGCAGUUUUAGGAAUCGCUGGAGCAAUAUUUGGAUUUAUAUCGAUAAACACUUAUUAUUUUUUCAGUCACUCCUUCACAUUUAAUCGCCAAAAACUGGAUGCUAAAUCUGCGGAAGCGGGAAGCUAUCAUGCGGCGAUUCGUGCAGACGCUGAGAAAUAUGGCAAUGAAGAACAGUUACGACGAAUGGUGAAUCGAAUGUCAAAGGACGAAAGAUAAGUUUAACGACAUGUCAAAUUAUUUUGCACAUUUUAAUGAUUGUUUAUAGAAGACCAAAAAAUAAUAAAAAAAAAUAAAACUAUGUGAUAGUGCAAUAAAUAUUUUAUGUACAUAAUGUGAGUUCAAUGCACAGAACAUCACUGAUACAAACGUUUUCUAGCUUCAAUUUUGAUAUAUAUUUUAUGUUUCGAAUGAUAUAUUUGUACCUUUAGGUACCUCAACAAACUUUCAAAUAAAAGCGAUUGUUUAUUUUUACCAUGACAAUACUAAUAAAAUAUAAUAUAUGUAAAUAUUUUUAUAGUUGCAUAAUAAAUUAAAAGCUUUUUUGAAUAUAACUGAGUAAUAACCUUAAUUAAGAGUAAAAGGAUAAAUAAAAUAUAUAUUCAAAUACAUGCAAAAAUAACUUAGAAAAUAUAAGAUUUAUUUCUAAAUCAAAAAAUGUUAAUUUGGUAAUCACAAAAGAAUAAAAAUGUUUCGCGUUGUAAUUAUUCGAGGUAGCAUUUUAUCGAAUUUGAAAUUGAAUUGUAAGAUAAAAGAGAUGGUUCAUUUUAUAAGAUCUACAAGGUCUAAGAAACCAGUGGUGUUGAACGGGAUCAACGUCUCACACUAAUUAACUCGGUUACGAAGUAAGAUCAACCUGAAUGGACUAACGCAUUUCUAACACGAAGAGAUUAAUGCACUUUAAUUAAACGUAAAACAAAUUAAUUAAAUAAUAUUCUUUCAGGUUUAAAGCUUAUGUCAAUCAUCAGACAAAGCCAAUUAAAGCUUAUUUACAUAUUAUUCUUAGAAAUGGCAUUGUUAGACGAACAAUUACCGUUGAAUUGAAGUUAUUAAUUGUUUUACAUCAUCUACUUCUGUUGAAUUAAUGAGUUGAAAUGAUGCUAGACCUCUUGAUCCCAUAGUACUAGCUGUGAGAAAACAAACUGUAAAUAUUGCCGCAAUAAGAGAGUGACAAGUCACGCUACUGAGGAAAUUUUCAAUUUUGCAAUUCACUUUUCGCUAAGGCUAACGCUCUCACAUAUUGCCCGAUCGAAAAAACGAAAGUUUUGGAAAAAUAGUGACUUAUUAUGCAAUAUAGACUCUCAAAGUUCCUUAAACUCUUAUAUGUACCAGUGAAUCCAUGUUUCGUUCAUUGACGGACACGACGCGACGUAGAACUUCAAACACUGCUAUGAUGUAGUCUCAAGUUUUCGCGGUUACAGUUACAGAUAGGAUAUAACCCACGCGAUGACUAUUGUCUCAGCAAUCUCGUGCUACUCCUGUAGAGACAGUCUGCCAAUACGAGAUACGCGGUCAAUAUAAAACUAUGAUUUCGAUGACAUUCAAUGACUGAAAUUAUGACUGUAGUCAUCUACGAGAAAGUACUAGGUCGGGCUAAGUUAUCUUACCACCCUUAUAAAUUUCCUAUCGCAAUAUAUGGUGGUAGUUUAUAACGUUGUCACCAACAACACAGAAAUAGAAGUUAUCAUUAUCAUUAUGUGUGUUCUCCAAUUUCUGAUAUUUAAAGCACCGUGAGUACGACGCUCUACCCUCACGUGUGGUGCAGGAAUUGUAUCUGAUUAAUGUUUUUUUUCGAUCACAGUCAAGGAAGUUGAAAGUUCUUUUAAAAAUUCAGUAUUUUUAGAGUUAAUCAGGUUUCUUGUUAUUAAAUUGUGUUGCUUGAAGAUUCCUGUAAAAACUGAAGUUCGAUUAAGACAAUUCGAUGGUGGUAGUUCAUGAAGUAUUUUCUAGAUUAGAGAAAAUGAAGUGAAGCCCUUGGUCCUUCGUCUCUACGUUAUUUAUCAAAAUGUUUCAUUCCACAUGUGAUCAAGCGAUUAAUGAAAAACAAGUUGAUUAAUUCUCACUAAAUAAUGUAUUGGAGGCAAUUGGUUUUUGUUCAACAAAAUUUAAGGUAUUUGUUUGUUGGGACAGGUAUGUAAAUUAAUCAAGGUACAUAAAAUUACUGUAAAACUUUCUUAUGGAAAAUGUCAUAUUCUGGAAAGCAAAUAAACAACUUUAAUUUAAUUGGGUAUAUACGCAUACUUUUGUAAAUAUGUAUACUUAUAUAUGUGGCGGAAAUAAAUGUAUGUAUACAUUAAAUAAAUAAUACGUUGCAAAUUCUUCAGGGACUUCAUUCAACUCUAAAUAAAUAAUAUGAUUAUUUAGAACGGUACACACAGCUGAAAAAUACACGUUAACAUCUUAAACAAUAA